UGGGGCGCAGCCGUGAUUUUUGUGCUAAAGCUUCCCAGAGGCGGACUGAAAAGGCUGGCGGGAUUUAGGAAGCUGGGGGGUUAGGAACACACAUUCAGGCCCCCACCCCCGCGGGAGGGGAAGGGGGCUGGAGGUUAGGCUUGAGGGCGGCGGGAGAGCGGUGGAGAGAUGGUGUCUGCUCCGGGGAGACGGGGGAGACUUGCCUGUCUGUGGUGAGGGGCUGCGGCCAGGGAAGCCUCCGUAGGUCGAAGCGGCUCCAUGCCUACGGUGUGUGGAACGUGCUGAGCGGAACGCCGAGGUCGAGUCUGGCGGCCACUGGAACCCUUAACGUGAUUUCUAACGUGAUCUUUCAUUUAGCCCACGUUGAGAUUAAUUCAUUGGUAGUUCCGCUGGUCUUGCUCUUCCAGGAGCUGAGCAACCUUGACGGGCUUUUUGUCUUGCUGCCCCUGCCCCUUUUCCCUUCCUCCUCCUCCAGAUGCCUUUUCUCUGCUCCUCCUCGCCCGGUAAAGACAUUUCCAGCACAGGCUGUAGCUCGUGGCGGCUGUCGAAGCCGCUUCUAGGGAUUUCGGCUCUUUUCCCUUUUGAGUGUUUUUUGAGGAGGGAGAGCUUUUCCCCAUUCCACGAUGGGAUUUUCCUCUCUUGCGGAAAUGGACUUCUAUUGAUUUUUACUUACUUUAACGUUUGGUGACCAAUUCCCUAAGCGUAUUUUUGUGGUAGUUCCUUUUUUUUUUUUUCUUUUUCAAAUUCAUAAUCUGUAAGAUGGAGAACGAGAUUUUUACUCCCGUUCUGGAGCAGUUCAUGACCAGCCCUUUGGUCACUUGGGUUAAAACGUUUGGACCUCUGGCUGCAGGAAAUGGGACCAACCUUGAUGAAUAUGUGGCUUUGGUGGAUGGGGUAUUCCUGAACCAGGUCAUGCUGCAAAUUAAUCCUAAAUUGGAGAGUCAGAGAGUAAAUAAAAAAGUCAACAAUGAUGCUUCACUUAGAAUUCAUAACCUAUCAAUUUUGGUGAGACAGAUAAAAUUUUACUACCAGGAGACUUUGCAGCAAUUGAUCAUGAUGUCAUUGCCAAAUGUCUUAAUCAUCGGCAAAAAUCCCUUUUCUGAACAAGGCACAGAAGAAGUUAAAAAGCUGCUUUUACUUUUGCUGGGUUGUGCUGUUCAGUGUCAGAAAAAAGAAGAAUUUAUUGAAAGAAUUCAAGGAUUAGAUUUUGAUACGAAAGCAGCAGUUGCUGCACAUAUUCAAGAGGUAACACAUAAUCAGGAAAAUGUGUUUGAUUUACAAUGGAUGGAAGUAACUGAUAUGUCUCAGGAAGACAUAGAACCACUCCUGAAAAAUAUGGCAUUGCAUCUGAAAAGACUUAUAGAUGAAAGAGAUGAACAUUCAGAGACUAUAAUAGAACUCUCUGAAGAGCGAGACGGUCUGCAUUUUCUACCCCAUGCUUCUUCAUCUGCACAGUCACCCUGUGGUUCUCCAGGCAUGAAACGAACAGAAAGUCGACAGCAUCUGUCAGUGGAAUUGGCAGAUGCUAAGGCCAAGAUAAGAAGGCUUAGACAGGAACUGGAGGAAAAGACUGAACAGUUGUUGGACUGCAAACAAGAACUUGAGCAGAUGGAGCUAGAACUAAAAAGGCUGCAACAAGAGAACAUGAAUUUGCUUUCGGAUGCUCGUUCUGCUAGAAUGUACCGAGAUGAAUUAGAUGCACUUCGAGAGAAGGCGAUCAGAGUUGAUAAGCUUGAAAGUGAAGUCAGCAGAUAUAAAGAGAGGUUACAUGAUAUUGAAUUUUAUAAGGCAAGAGUUGAGGAAUUAAAAGAAGACAAUCAAGUUUUAUUAGAGACAAAAACCAUGUUGGAAGAUCAACUAGAAGGAACUCGAGCUCGUUCUGAUAAAUUACAUGAAUUAGAAAAGGAGAAUUUGCAACUAAAGGCUAAACUGCAUGAUAUGGAAAUGGAACGUGAUAUGGAUAGAAAAAAGAUUGAAGAAUUGAUGGAAGAAAAUAUGACUUUGGAAUUGGCACAAAAGCAAAGUAUGGAUGAAUCAUUACAUCUUGGCUGGGAGCUGGAACAGAUAUCCAGAACUAGUGAACUAUCUGAAGCACCACAAAAAUCCUUGGGCCAUGAGGUGAAUGAGUUAACAUCAAGUAGGUUAUUGAAGUUAGAGAUGGAAAACCAGAGUUUGGCAAAAACUGUAGAAGAGCUUCGGAGUAAUGUGGAUUCUGUAGAAGGCAACACUUCCAAAAUCCUGAAAAUUGAAAAAGAAAAUCAAAGACUAAACAAAAAGGUUGAAAUUCUUGAAAAUGAGAUUAUUCAAGAAAAGCAAAGUCUUCAGAAUUGUCAGAAUUUAAGCAAGGACCUAAUGAAGGAAAAAGCUCAACUUGAAAAAACUAUAGAAACACUUAGAGAAAAUUCAGAGAGACAGAUUAAAAUGUUAGAACAGGAAAAUGAACAUCUGAAUCAAACCGUGUCUUCCCUAAGGCAGCGCUCCCAGAUAAGUGCUGAAGCAAGGGUGAAAGAUAUUGAAAAGGAAAACAAAAUUCUCCAUGAAUCUAUCAAAGAAACAAGUAGCAAAUUAAACAAGAUUGAAUUUGAAAAAAGGCAAAUUAGAAAAGAACUGGAACAUUAUAAAGAAAAAGGCGAACGAUCAGAAGAACUUGAGAAUGAGUUACAUCAUCUUGAAAAAGAAAACGAGUUGUUACAGAAAAAGAUAACUAAUUUAAAAAUUACUUGUGAAAAAAUUGAGGCCUUAGAACAAGAAAAUUCAGAGUUAGAAAGAGAAAAUAGAAAAUUGAAAAAAACAUUGGAUAGUUUUAAAAACAUUACUUUUCAGUUAGAAUCCCUAGAAAAAGAGAAUUCCCAACUUGAUGAGGAAAACUUAGAAUUGCGAAGGAAUGUGGAAUCCUUAAAGUGUGCAAGCAUGAAAAUGGCCCAGCUACAAUUAGAAAAUAAAGAAUUGGAAAGUGAAAAAGAGCAACUUAAGAAGGGUUUGGAGCUCAUGAAGGCAUCAUUCAAGAAAACAGAACGAUUGGAAGUUAGCUACCAGGGUUUAGAUACAGAAAACCAAAGGCUACAGAAAGCCCUGGAGAACAGCAAUAAGAAAAUUCAGCAAUUAGAGAGUGAACUGCAAGAUUUAGAGAUGGAAAAUCAAACAUUACAAAAAAACUUAGAAGAGUUAAAAAUAUCUAGCAAAAGACUAGAACAGCUAGAAAAAGAAAAUAAAUCAUUAGAGCAAGAAACUUCUCAACUGGAAAAGGAUAAGAAACAGCUGGAGAAGGAAAAUAAGAGGCUCCGACAACAAGCAGAAAUAAAGGAUACCACAUUAGAAGAAAAUAAUGUGAAAAUUGGAAAUUUGGAAAAAGAAAAUAAAACCCUAUUCAAAGAAAUUGGCGUAUAUAAAGAAUCCUGCAUUCGCCUAAAAGAAUUAGAGAAAGAAAAUAAGGAACUUGUGAAAAGAGCCACCAUUGAUAUAAAAACUUUGGUUACAUUACGUGAGGAUUUGGUGAGUGAGAAAUUAAAGACUCAACAAAUGAAUAAUGAUCUUGAAAAAUUAACUCAUGAGCUUGAAAAGAUCGGGUUAAAUAAAGAGAGACUUUUGCAUGAUGAGCAGAGUACUGAUGACAGUAGGUUCAAAAUUUUGGAAUCAAAAUUAGAAUCUACUCUAAAGAAAUCUCUUGAAAUAAAAGAAGAAAAAAUUGCUGCUUUAGAAGCUAGAUUAGAAGAAUCCACAAAUUAUAACCAGCAAUUGCGCCAAGAACUUAAAACGGUGAAAAAAAACUACGAAGGUCUCAAACAGAGACAAGAUGAAGAAAGGUUGGUACAGAGCUCCCCACCUAUGUCUGGUGAGGAUAACAAAUGGGAGCGGGAAAGUCAGGAAACAACUAGAGAACUUCUCAAAGUUAAAGACAGAUUAAUUGAAGUAGAAAGGAAUAAUGCUACACUGCAAGCAGAGAAGCAGGCCUUGAAAACUCAGUUGAAGCAACUCGAGACCCAGAACAAUAAUUUGCAAGCUCAGAUUCUUGCCCUUCAGAGACAGACGGUAUCAUUACAGGAGCAGAAUACCACUCUUCAGACACAGAAUGCCAAGCUUCAGGUUGAAAAUUCUACCCUUAAUUCUCAAAGUACCUCACUUAUGAACCAGAAUGCACAACUCCUAAUCCAGCAGUCUUCCUUAGAAAAUGAAAAUGAGUCUGUACUCAAAGAAAGAGAAGACCUAAAAUCUCUCUAUGACUCUCUGGUCAAAGAUCAUGAAAAGCUGGAACUUCUUCAUGAACGACAGGCUUCGGAGUAUGAAUCUCUCAUUGCUAAACACGGAACACUAAAGUGUGCCCACAAAAAUCUUGAGGUGGAACAUAAAGAUCUUGAAGAUCGUUACAAUCAGUUAUUAAAACAGAAAGGACAAUUGGAAGAUUUGGAAAAAAUGCUCAAAGUAGAACAGGAAAAAAUAAUGCUUGAAAACAAAAACCAUGAGACUGUAGCUGCAGAAUACAAGAAACUGUGUGGUGAAAAUGAUAGGUUGAAUCAUACAUAUAGUCAGCUUUUGAAAGAGACUGAAGUUUUACAAACAGACCAUAAAAAUUUGAAAAGUCUUCUAAAUAAUUCAAAACUAGAACAAACAAGAUUAGAAGCUGAAUUUUCAAAGCUAAAAGAACAAUACCAGCAGUUGGACAUAACAUCUACCAAGUUGAAUAACCAAUGUGAGUUAUUAAGCCAACUUAAAGGAAACUUAGAAGAGGAAAAUCGACAUCUGCUAGAUCAAAUUCAGACAUUAAUGCUACAAAACAGAACACUAUUGGAGCAGAAUAUGGAAAGCAAGGAUCUUUUUCAUGUUGAACAAAGACAGUACAUUGAUAAAUUAAAUGAAUUAAGACGACAAAAGGAGAAAUUAGAAGAAAAAAUUAUGGAUCAGUAUAAAUUUUAUGAACCAUCACCUCCAAGAAGGCGAGGCAACUGGAUUACCCUAAAAAUGAGAAAAUUGAUUAAGUCUAAGAAAGAUCUUAAUCGGGAACGUCAGAAAUCUCUAACCUUAACACCUACCCGCUCAGACUCCAGUGAAGGAUUUCUUCAGCUUCCCCACCAAGAUAGUCAAGAUAGUUCUUCAGUAGGUUCAAACUCUUUAGAAGAUGGCCAGACCCUGGGGACCAAGAAAAGCAGCAUGGUUGCACUGAAAAGACUGCCCUUUUUGAGGAACAGACCGAAGGAUAAAGACAAAAUGAAGGCCUGCUACCGUCGUUCCAUGUCCAUGAAUGACCUGGUGCAGUCCAUGGUCCUAGCAGGAGGACAGUGGACAGGUAGUUCUGAGAAUUUGGAGGUUCCUGAUGAUAUUUCAACUGGUAAAAGGAGAAAAGAAUUGGGAGCUAUGGCCUUCUCUACUACAGCCAUCAACUUUUCAACAGUCAACUCUUCUACAGGCUUCAGAUCCAAGCAUUUGGUUAAUAAUAAAGAUACUACAUCCUUUGAAGACAUAAGUCCACAAGGUAUUAGUGAUGAUUCUAGUACGGGAUCAAGAGUUCAUGCUUCCAGACCAGCCAGCCUUGAUAGUGGCAGAACAUCCACUAGCAAUAGCAAUAAUAAUGCUUCACUCCAUGAAGUCAAAGCAGGUGCAGCUAAUAGCCAAAGCAGACCACAAAGCCACAGCAGUGGAGAAUUUAGCCUGCUUCAUGAUCAUGAGGCCUGGUCAAGCAGUGGCAGCAGUCCAAUCCAAUACUUGAAAAGGCAGACCCGAUCAAGUCCAGUACUCCAGCACAAAACGCCUGAAACAUUAGAUAGCCGAGCGCAUCCCAAGAUGAAAACUGGUUCUCCUGGCAGUGAAGUUGUUACUCUCCAGCAGUUUUUGGAAGAAAGCAACAAGCUUACCUCGAUACAGAUAAAGUCCUCAAGUCAAGAUAAUCUUUUAGAUGAAGUAAUGAAAAGUUUAUCUGUGUCUUCUGACUUUUUGGGAAAAGACAAACCAGUUAGCUGUGGUCUGGCCAGAUCAAUAAGUGGAAGAACCCCAGGGGACUUCUAUGAUAGACGGACAAUUAAGCCGGAACAAUUUGUGAGACCUUGUUCUCGAAAGACUGAAGAUACUCACUUCAUUAGUCCUCCAGGAAAAUCUACACCUGGCACUCAAGGAAAGAUAAAAUUAGUAAAAGAAACUUCUCUGUCUCGACAAUCAAAAGAUAGUAAUCCUUAUGCUACUUUACCUCGUGCAAGCAGUGUGAUUUCUACUGCCGAAGGAACUACCCGAAGGACAAGCAUCCAUGAUUUUUUGGCCAAGGACAGUAGGCUACCUGUGUCAGUUGAUUCCCCACCAGCUACUGCUGAUAGCAGCAUCACUGCAGCAUCCAGUGAGUACUGUUUACACCAAUGGUCCCCUCAGAUACUUCACCACCCAACACCUGCUAUAGGUUCCCCUGUGCAAAAUGCUACAGAUAGGCCAACAUUCGACUUCCAGUCUCCCUAUGCCCAGGCUAGCAACCCAGAAACUGAAAGGUCACAUUUUCUACACCAAAAUGUUGCCUCUAUUAACAUGGCUAGUGAUCCAUUGGAAAUAUCAGUUAAUGAUAGCAUGGAGUCACGUACUGUGACUCAUUCAUUUCAGCCAUUCUUAUCCCUGAAUACAGAAUUAGUUAGUAAUAUCAGUGGAGUGCCCCCUAGACCAGUCCUUAAAGGAACUGAUCAGGCUUCUACUUCUGUGGAUAAAGCUGCACAGAAAGAUAAUGAAGAGUUCUCUGAUCAUCAGAACCCUAGUAGCAGUAACCCACAGUCUUCUCUAGAUAGCAACGAUCUUAUCACUCCUGCAUGCCUCAAUCCUGGUGACACAGAAGCUGCAUUGUUGGUGUCUGAGGAUAAUCAAACUGUUUGGUAUGAAUAUGGUUGUGUAUGAUAAAAACUGCCCAAUAUAGUACUGUUGUCGUUUGAUAUGCACUGUGCUUCUCUAAUUUUAUUUGAAGAGCUGCUUUUGAAAAGUGUCAUUUGUCUCUGUUUAUAUUUUUAUGUUUAAAUUGUGACAUAGUAUCCAGCUGUACAUGAUGGCAUGUCUAUAACUGUGAAUUUGUAAUCACACCAAAACUUGCAUGAAAUAUUAAUUGCAUUGAACAUUUUCUGCAUGCCUUUAAGAGCCUUAACAAUACAUGCUCCUCUUUUAUAUUUUUGUUGCCUGAUAAAAGAUUGUUAACUUGGAUAUCCACAAGCAUGUUCAAACAGUUGCAUGCAUUUCCAGGUCAUGUUUGCUCUGUUGUUUUCAAAAGAGAAUGUUCAUCUCUUACCCUACCUUCUUUUCUCCCAUCUUUCUCCCUUUCCGUUUCUCUUUUCCCCUCAGUCCUUGUCUUUUUUCCUCCCUGAACAUGUACUUCAUCUUGCACAUGAGUAGUAUUAGUAAGGAAAAUAUGUAAAAACAAACAAACAAACAAAGCCUGUCAUUAUUGUUUUUUGCAUAUAAUUGUGCCAUCUGUCCUGUCAUUUUAUUUUCAGAGAAAUAGUUAAUAAUUCAUUUAAUGCUUUAUGUAGCAAAUGACUCUUACCCAUAUUUAUAAAACAUUGUUCAGUUUAAAACAUUGUUAAUAUCAUAAACAUUAGUGUUAUUCUUACAAAACCCCAUCAAAUUUAAAUGUAAUGUAUACAAUAAGUAGGAGCAUUUGUAUGAAUUCUGUUCCUCCUCUACACUUUUCUUCAUCUGAUCAACUUAAGAAAGAGCUCAAGUACUAUCACUUCUUCAAGAUGACUUUUUUAGUUGGAAUCACUUAACACAGUAGUUCUUCUAGUUCUUUUUUUAUAUAUAGAGUCAAAAAGAAAUAAACCAAAUCAUAUUCAA